AGCCGCGGAUCGAGAGUCUUUCAGGGCACGGACAAAAUGAUUCGGUUCCACGGUGUUCGGUUAUUCGUCUCGGCGCUCCUCAUCUUGUUGGCGAGAUCGGCAAGUUCCAAGCUGGUGGACAAACAAUGGUGGGAAACCGCGUUGGUCUAUCAAAUCUGGCCGAGGGGAUUUCAGGACAGCGACGGAGACGGCCAGGGUGACUUGAAGGGUAUAAUCAGCCGGCUUGAUUAUUUACAAGACCUUGGAAUCGACGCAAUUUGGCUAAAUCCUAUUUACCCAUCGCCACUCGUAGAUUCUGGAUAUGACAUUUCUAAUUAUACUGACAUAGAUCCUGUGUUUGGUACACUCCAACUUUUUGAUGAAUUCGUACAACAAGCACACAAUCGUGGCUUGAAAGUCAUUUUGGACAUAGUACCAAAUCAUUCAAGCGACAAACACAAAUGGUUUGUACUGUCAAGUCAAAAGCAGAAGCAUUACAGUGACUACUAUAUUUGGGCAAAUGGAUCUAAAGAUAAAACGGGCAACAGGAUACCUCCUAAUAACUGGGUGAGCACCUACAGCAAUGAAGCAGGAUCUGCAUGGACAUGGCACAGCAAAAGACAACAAUGGUAUUACCACAAGUUUCACGAAUCUCAACCUGACCUCAAUUUGAGAAAUGAAAAUGUAUUACAAGAGUUAAUGGAUGUGUUUGACUUUUGGCUGAGGAGAAAUGUUGAUGGUUUUCGAAUCAGUGCUGUAUCAUACCUUUAUGAAGAUAAAGAUUUAAAGAAUGAGCUUGUUGUAGGAAGUGGAAACUAUACGUCUGGACUAUCAGAAAGCACAGCUCUUUUGUACAAGUUUCGCUCAUACAUUGAUAAUUGGGUGAAAAAGAAUAGCGUGGGAAAGAAUAAUUCUUCAAAGUUAUUAAUUGCAGAAUCUUAUGAUUCUCCUGAUGUAUUGAUGUCACUUUAUGGUAAUGCUACACACAAUGGAAUCCCACCUUUCAAUUUUCAGUUUAUCAAGUCUGUACAUAAUACAAGCACUGCUGAAGAUAUUAAGAAGGUUUUGGAAUAUUGGUUCAAGAAACUUCCAAAUAAUGCAAGCACAAAUUGGGUGCUUUCCAAUCAUGACAAUUCGAGAGCAGCUACAAGAAUUGGAUUGAAUCGUGUCGAUGGACUUCACAUGAUUAGUUUAUUGUUACCCGGCCAAGCAUACACUUAUUAUGGGGAAGAGAUUGCUAUGUUAGACAGGAGAAUGUCGUGGAAGGAAACAAUUGAUCCUAUAGGUUGUUCAAAGUCAAAAGAUACAUAUGAAGGCUAUUCCAGAGACCCUGCAAGAACACCAAUGCAAUGGAACGCUAACAUCUCAGCAGGAUUUUCAUCUAACAAACUCACAUAUCUUCCUGUUCAUCCAGAUUACACAGAGAGCAACGUUCAAUCUCAGCAAAAUAAUACACGAAGCAAUUGGAAGACGUAUAAAUUGCUUGCUGCUCUUAGAAAAGACAGAGUAUUUACUCAUGGGGAUUAUGAGUUUGCAACGUUGAACAAUGACCAUGUGUUUGCCUUUAAAAGAUAUUUAGCAAACAAUCCUACGUAUAUCGUCGUCGUCAACUUGGGUCUACGACAACAAACGAUUAAUUUAAAAUCAGUGUUUCCAGAAUUGGAGGAUCCAGUAGAAGUUGUUAUCGUUUCCAGUAAUGCAGCUCACAUUACGUCGAAUAUUUCUAUGGUAAAUAUUAAGCUCACGGCGAAUGCAGCGUUGGUAUUAAAAUUUGAGAAUAUGUGCAACUGGGAAACAACAACGGAUCCUGUCACGGUCACAACCGAGAAAAAUUCUGCCGCUAUUUCCUUCUCAAUAGUACAAUUGAUAACAAGUACGAGCAUCGUAGUAGCAUUACUGUUCAAUCUUUUAACGCGUUAUUGAACUACAUCUUGUAACAUACAAUUUUCAAUUACUACGAA